UCGCAGCCUUUACAAUUGACGGUUGUCUGUUCUAUAAACUCUAUGGUUCUUUCUCAUGGCUGACGUUCGAAGAAGCUAACUGCAGUCAUGAAGCUAAACGUUUCGUACCCGGCAACGGGAUGUCAAAAGCUAUUCGAAGUUGUGGACGAGCACAAGCUUCGUAUCUUCUACGAGAAGCGCAUGGGCGCCGAAGUGGAGGCGGAUCAACUAGGAGAUGAAUGGAAGGGCUACAUCCUCCGUGUUGCGGGUGGUAACGACAAGCAAGGUUUUCCCAUGAAACAGGGUGUCCUCACCAACAGUCGUGUCCGCUUGUUGAUGUCAAAGGGCCACUCUUGCUACAGACCCCGCCGUGAUGGUGAAAGGAAACGCAAGUCUGUUCGUGGCUGCAUUGUUGAUGCCAACCUUUCCGUGCUCGCUUUAGUUAUUGUUCGCAAAGGACCCCAGGAAAUCCCCGGGCUCACAGAUGGCAAUGUACCCCGUCGUCUAGGACCCAAACGUGCGUCCAAGAUCCGCAAGUUGUUCAACUUGAGCAAACAAGAUGAUGUUCGUCGCUAUGUUGUCAAACGUCUCCUGCCAGCUAAGGAGGGCAAGGAAAAUGCUAAACCCAGAUAUAAGGCACCUAAGAUUCAGAGAUUAGUUACCCCAGUGGUACUCCAGCGUAGACGCCACCGACUGGCUCUCAAGAAGAAGCGCCUCGCAAAACGUAAGGCUUCCGAAGCUGAAUAUGCAAAAUUACUCGCUCAGAGAAAGAAGGAAUCCAAGGUGCGUCGCCAGGAAGAAAUUAAACGCAGGCGUUCAGCUUCAAUGCGCGAUUCUAAGAGCUCUAAUCAGAGUGCACCUCAAAAGUGAAAGACUUUUAUCAAUAAAAAUUAAAAUCUAA